AUGUUCAAACGACUUACCUAUCGGAAGCUUAAUAUACGUCUAUGAUUUGUAGAGAGAGGAAGCCUGCAAUAUAACGUAGGUAAACUAUUGCGGUAAAAUUCCAGUCAUCGAGUCCUGAACGUCUACGAUUUCCGCAGCGAUAUUAGAUUAGUAGUUACAGUUGCCACAGACAGCAGUGAACAACGAUGCAGAGCAGUUCAGAUGACAGUGAGGUAUCCGCGGGGUCAGAUGGACGGCUACAUCGUCUGUUGGAACUCCUUCUAGCAACUGAUGGAAAUCGUGAGUGCUUCGACUGUCUUUCUCGAGGUCCGACUUGGACGUCGUGGUCGCUUGGGUUGUUUCUAUGCAUUCGCUGUGCGGGACUACAUCGGGGUCUUGGGGUUCACGUUUCGCGCGUUAAAUCAGUUGGACUCGAUCACUGGACACCUCAACAAGUAGCUCGUCUAGUUCAGAUAGGCAAUGAACGUGGCCGUACGAUUUACGAGUCGAAACUGCCUUCAAAUUUUCAUCGGCCGACUGACCUUAAUGAACUGCGAGCCUUCAUACAAAUCAAGUACCUACAUCGAGUUUACGUGACACCCGGCUACCGAGAUCCACCUAUGCCGCCUUCCGAUUUGAGCAUUGAGCAGCUGGAAGCAAUCAUUGCAGAAUUCCUCAGGCAGUCAGCAAGAGCUAUCCGUGCCAUAGCACCAACGAAAGUUGCCGAAACGAGUCAGCAACGUCAUCAGAAGUUUUCAAGUGAUCUUGUCACGCUCGCAAACGACGAGAAGGUCCAGUCGCGAAACGGCGGAGCCGUAGAUCAAUAUGAAAGAAGGGUCAGGUUCCCGAUCAGCUCGACGAGCUCUACGCUGUUAAACGAAUCGACCCAAAGCGUCAUGAGUGAUCGACUGCUAAAGGAAAUACCUGGCACUGAUGAGGGUGAUCUGAUAGAAAACGAGACGCGUGUCGACGAAACGGCAGUUUUUCUGCCAAAUAUGGAUGAGGAUUGCGUGCUUAUUGAUCUCUAGGAAACACUAUCGCUUGUGGCACGAUCAUUCAUUUUGUUUUCAUUUUUUGAUUUUCUCACUUCUGUAAUAGAUUGUUUACUAGCUAUCACAAGCAACGAGAAAUUGCAGAAAGCCGAUUUCUGUUAGACUGAAGAAACUUAACGUGCACUGAACGUAACGGUGUACCUGAACAAAAGCAAAGAUAUACAUAAUAAUGGCUCCUGUAGGUUAUGCAGAAAAUAAUUUUAUAGCUAUGCCCAGUUUUCAUAGCUAACAAAGAUGCUCAUUUAUGUUUCAAAUAUGUCUUCUAGUGUCUUAUAUGCAGCUGCAUCGUUUACGGGUCAUCUAC